UAGUAUCAGUGACGUCAUUGGAUAGCCUUCCCAAUUCGCCAUUUUGUGCAGAUAUAUUUACAUCCAGCAUAUUCCACGUUUCCAAAAUGGGAAAUACUUUCCUUAAAUUGUUCACUGGCUUGUUUGGAAAGAGAGAGAUGCGAAUAUUGAUGGUCGGUCUUGAUGCAGCUGGAAAGACAACAAUUCUUUAUAAACUGAAACUCGGUGAGAUCGUCACUACAAUUCCAACCAUUGGCUUCAACGUGGAAACAGUUGAAUACAAGAAUAUCAGCUUCACAGUGUGGGAUGUUGGCGGUCAGGACAAGAUCAGACCCCUUUGGAGGCAUUAUUUCCAGAAUACACAAGGUUUGAUAUUCGUUGUUGACAGCAACGAUCGGGAGAGAAUCGGCGAAGCGAAGGAGGAGUUGACCCGAAUGGUAAAUGAAGAUGAAUUAAGGGAAGCUAUCAUUUUGGUGUUUGCAAACAAACAAGAUUUGCCUAAUGCAAUGUCCGUGAAUGACAUCAGAGACAAGCUAGCCUUACCCUCCUUGAAAGGCAGAGAAUGGUACACUCAGUCAGCAUGUGCUACAAGUGGAGAUGGAUUAUAUGAGGGACUUGAUUGGCUUUCAAAUAAGUUGAAAAAUAAGAAAUAAGAAAAAGCUUCAACGUUGUUUCAUUUUACAUGUGUAUAUGGUGUUGUCAGGUGCGAAGAUAUGGGGACCACACACUUUCUUUAACUUUUCAUCAAGAACGAUCUAUAUGGCCUAGUCUUUUACAUGUGUGGAAGCCCUAUGGGAAGCCAAUGUGAAUGUUGAGAAUCUCAAAUCAAUGAGAUCAGCUUUUUCUGGUGUCAAGAUCAACACUUCAAGACGACAAGAGAACUGAAAACAAUAUCAUUAUUUAUUGCAUGGACAUUUAGAAUCUAAACAUGCUAAAAGUAAACAGCUUUUCUGAAAGCAGAUCGGAUGUCCAUCUCACACCUCCAACCUCGCUUUACCUGUUGUAGUGUGUGAUCAUAUUUGUAAUGGGCGAUCUUUGCAAAAUUGGUCACGUGUGUGUUCUUAGAUGAUUAGGUGUCAAUGUUUGAUUCAUUUCACCAAGUAAUCUGCAAAUCAAAUUACAUAUUCUAUUGGUGAAUUUCUAUUACAAGCCUGUAGUAGGAAGUAUGCCCUGUCAAAAUGUUAUCUCGCCCUGUGAUAUUCAUCUUGCCUAAAUUCAGGGAAUGCUUGCCAACGCAAUCAAAAUCAUCAGUCCUGUACAGCUGUUUGGAAAAAGAAGAUGCUUGAUAGUGGUAUGAUGGCAUUUAUGCUACCUGUCAGUUUCAUCAUAAUACCUGAGUUCAGAUUAUGAUACAAUCUAUUCAACUGAUUCUGCCUAUCAUUCCACUUACUUUGCCAACUAGAGAAACAUGUUUGACUAAAUAGGCACAAUGUAUGGAACUUGUGUAAGUGUGUGUACUCUGCAAAAUAGUAGUUAAUAUAAUCAAGACCCUGAAAAAUCAAGAAGUCAUUGUCUACCGUUUGUGUGACUGGCAACAAGUCCCAGGACAUGCUCAUGCUUCCAAAGAUCGCCCAUUUCCAUGGUGUAUGCAGUGAAUCUCAUUAAGCCUGUGUCUCACAAUAUGUAUAUAUGUAUCAGACUCGAAACAACAGAGAAAUAAGGACAACUCUUUGCAGAUGUAUAUAUUUCUUUUAUUCAUUUGUAGCAUAAGAGAAUUACAGGUAGUCACAUUGAUGUCAUUGAUGAUACCCCCCAAAAAAAUCACUAUUUUAGAAAUCAGAUUUUUAUGAAUGUUUAUGAAACUAGUCCAAGCAUCAUGAAAGCCAACUGAUGUUUCAAUUAGAAAAUCCAAACGUAUUGUGUAUAUUUGAACUUGAAGGACUGAAAUCAUGGAAUAAAUGGUACGUAGUAUUACAAUCA